AUGUCUUACUCCAGAUCAGGGAUGGGUUCUCCAUUCUUGAACGCACAUUCCAACAUCUCGAUAGCAGCUAACGCAAAAUCGCAGGCGUCAGAAUAUAUGCGAUAUGGAAGUCCCAGCAUAGCGUGCAAUUUUGAUGGAAUUCAAAUUCCGUCAGAAUGGUUCCAGGAAUCACCCGGAAGGAAUGGUGCCGGAACGACACAGAACGGAAUUCCUGAUGCCCAAAUCGAGUGCCGGCGUUUGCCGACACUCGAUUUGGGCGUCAUCAACAAACAACCACUGCUCUCUCUCAACCACCACCAUCGUCCACGACGCCCACCCACCUUGCGACACCACGUCACCAACGGCCACCACCACGCACACCAGCCACCCAUCCACAACGAGCGCGCCACACCCCAACCUCAGCAAGGACGACGCCUCAAUGCCACGUCACCAGUAAACGAAUGCCCACGACAACACGUUGCGACGUGA